UGGCGAGCCGUCAAUGUCACAUGAGCUAAACUAUACCUUGUUUAAUGAUAUCAAGGAUUGCAUUUACACAUAUGUUUUUGUUUGUUACUGUAUUUAAGUAAUUGUGUAUUUAUCUUUAAAAAAAAACGCCUUUCGUGCAUUCGAUCCACUUUAAUUUGCAGACUGGAUGCGAAACUAAGAGGACGACAAGAUGCGCAUCACUUUGCAAAUGUUGAUCUCCCAUGGCCGAGUGGCCAGAAGAAUGGGUAUGGGACCCAAAUCCCGGAUCGACAUGCUUCGAAACAUCUUGACCGGGCUGGUCCGGCACGAGAGGAUAGAAACCACGGCGGCCCGGGCUGAUGAAGUCCGCUUUUACGCCGAGAAGCUGAUUGACUACGCUAAAAAAGGAGACACGGAUGAGAAGGCGAUGAAAAUGGCCACUUUUUGGCUGACGGAGAAGGAUCUGGUCCCCAAGCUCUUCAAGGUCCUGGCUCCGCGGUUCGAGCCCUACUCCAACGCCUACACGCGCAUGGCUCGCAUCCCCAACAGACAGAACCUGGACCGGGCCCAGAUGGCUGUGCUGGAGUACAAAGGCAACCCUUUACCUCCUCUUUAUCCCGUCAAGAAAAAGAAUGAACUGACUCUCAUCAACCAGCUCCUCAAAGCCUACAAGGAGGAGAAGCAGCAGUUAGCAACAAAUGCACACUGAUGGAUCAACCAAAACAUGGAAGUAUGAAUGGACUCUUUAAAAAAUGAUAAUAAAUAUUUCCCAACUCAAACAACACAUUGUCACCGUAUUUCCUCAAACCCCAGUGAAAACAUGUUGCCCAGGAAAAAAAAGCAGCAAGCGUUAACUUUAAAACAACAAAGUUUCAGAAAGUAAGUUACUAGGUGUCGCCUCACGGUGGCGCCAAAACUCCUGUACCACCUGAACUGUGUAGUUUUCCAGUCAAAAGUAUGAAAUAAAUGACUUUGACAAAGUC